AUGUCAACUAAUGAAUCCAUACGAGCGGUGAUCGAAAGAGCUAAAGAUAUUCUUUCACUUCGAACUGAAGAAGAAAUAUUCCUGAUUGGAAGAAUAGUGGAUCGUCUCAUCGAAUCACCUUUACCCAAGUUAGAAGAUAUUGAUAUCUUUUUGAAGGAAUAUGAUUCUAUUCGAAGAGAAUUUGAUCACUUUGAGGAUUGGGAUUACCACACUGAAUUUGAUCGUGAGGAGCAACUCCCAACUACAUCUAACCUCGAGAGACUUCCAGUGAUACAAGAAUCUCCAUUUGAAUCGGAAACUUACGAUCAUCGUUAUGAUUUAGGUGAUUGGUAUAAUGUGUGUGAGAUGCGAAUUGAUGAACAUGAUUUUGAGAAAGUUGAUGUCGAGAAAAGUCAUGUUCAUACGUUUUGUUCAGAAUGUGAUCAGAACGUGGAGGUAUAUACGAAUGAAUGCAUUUGUGAUUUAGUGCCGGUGAUUAAUUAUUUUAGUUCGAGAGAAGAUCGUGAAAAGUUUUUUGCAGUGAAUAAUAUUCAAGGUUUGUGUGUAUUUUGUGAUAAUGGUUGUUCAGAUGAAUUGUGUAUAUGCGAGUUUACAUGUGGAUUGAAAUAUGUAAUGGGAUUUGAUGAAUGUGGAGGGGUUCUAUAUGGGAUGUGUGGUUGGCAUUCUAAGGAUCUAAAAGAUAUUGAUCAUUAUUGUCGGGGGGAGAUUCAUCGUGGAUUUGAUCAUAUUGAUAAUUUCAGAUAA